AAGCGCAGCCGACGCCGGGCGCUCUCCGACUGUCUAGAAAUCUGGAGCAAGAGUCCCCAGAGGAUCCUCGCUAGGCGCUCGGCUCUCGUUAUUCUGAACGCUCUCCACGCCUGGUUUAGACAGGAGCUGAAGAAUAACUUUUUUUUUUUCCUUUCUUGAGCUGAAAACAUUUUUGGACAAUGAGUUGAGUCUCCCGUGCACUAGUCCCCGCCUCUUUAUUGUGGGUUUGAUCAGUGCGCUGUUUUCCUCCUCCUGAGCCUCCCAGGGUGCAGCCAGUAGUCCUCGCAAGUCCUUUGCGCGAACCACGCGGAUGGCCGGGCAGUAGCGGGUGGUGCCCAGCGCCCAGGGAGCGCACGACAUGCAGGCGCUCAACAUCACCUCCGAGCAGUUCGCCCGGCUCCUGCGGGACCACAACCUGACGCGCGAGCAGUUCAUCGCUCUCUACGGGCUGCGGCCGCUAGUGUACACCCCGGAGCUGCCCGCGCGCACCAAGCUGGCCUUCUUGCUCACCGGAGUGCUCAUUUUCGCCCUGGCGCUUUUUGGCAACGCGCUGGUGGUCUAUGUGGUGACCCGCAGCAAGGCCAUGCACACCGUCACCAACAUCUUCAUCUGUUCCUUGGCUCUUAGCGACCUGCUGAUCACCUUCUUCUGCAUCCCGGUCACUAUGCUGCAGAACAUCUGGGACAACUGGCUAGGGGGUGCCUUCAUUUGCAAGAUGGUGCCUUUUGUUCAGUCUACUGCUGUUGUGACAGAAAUUCUCACAAUGACCUGCAUUGCCGUGGAAAGGCACCAGGGACUUGUUCACCCCUUCAAAAUGAAGUGGCAGUACACCAACCAAAGGGCUUUUACAAUGCUAGGUGUGGUCUGGCUGGUGGCAGUCAUCAUAGGCUCACCCAUGUGGCACGUGCAACGACUUGAGAUCAAGUAUGACUUCCUAUAUGAUAAAGAACAUAUCUGCUGCUUAGAAGAGUGGGCCAGUCCUGUGCACCAGAAAAUCUAUACCACUUUCAUCCUUGUCAUCCUGUUCCUCCUGCCUCUUAUGGUGAUGCUUGUCCUGUAUAGUAAGAUCAGUUAUGAACUCUGGAUCAAGAAAAGAGUGGAAGAUGGUUCAGUGCUUCGUACUAUUCAUGGAAAAGAAAUGUCCAAAAUAGCCAGGAAGAAGAAGCGAGCUGUCAUUAUGAUGGUAACAGUGGUGGCUCUCUUUGCUGUGUGCUGGGCACCUUUCCAUGUUGUGCACAUGAUGGUUGAAUACAGUAGUUUUGAAAAGGAAUAUGAUGAGGUCACAAUCAAGAUGGUUUUUGCUAUAGUGCAAAUAAUUGGAUUUUCCAACUCUAUCUGUAAUCCCAUUGUCUAUGCGUUUAUGAAUGAAAACUUCAAAAAAAAUUUUCUGUCGGCAGUUUGCUAUUGCAUAGUAAAAGAAACUUUGUCUCCAGCACGGAGGCAUGGAAACUCAGGAAUUACAAUGAUACAGAAGAAAGGAAAAUUAUCCAGGAGAGAGAAGCAAAUAGAGGAAACCAAAGGAGAAGCAUUCAGUGAUGGCAACAUUGAAGUCAAGUUGUGUGAACAGCCAGAGGAGAAAAGAAAUCUUAAGCGACAUCUUGCCCUCUUUAGUUCUGAACUUUCUGAUAAUUCAGCUUUAGGCAGUGGGCAUUAAUUGCAACAAUGUCUUCAUAAUUAAUAUGACAUAUUAUAAUCUGAAUGUUAUUUGAGCAAAGGUCAAAGACAUUUUUAAAUGGUGACAAGAAUAAAAGCAAUCACAUUUUUCCAAUUUAAAAUGACAUUAUACAUGAAAAUAUAAUUUCAAAUAAUUGCUAAACCAUCCUCAUAGGUUAUUAAAAUGGAGUUUUAAAGGUCUUGUAUAGAAACCAAUGUUCUUGACUAGAAGUUUUUCUCUGUGUAGUGAAUAUAAUGUGAAUUUCUACAUAUUGCUAAAUUGAAUGAAAAAAUAUUAAAAGUAUGUCUUCUUUCUUGAAUAUUAAUAGCUGAACAUCAUGCUGUAAUUUGUAAUGCACUGUUGAUGUGAAGUAAUACAAUCUUUUGCAAAUGAAAUCUGUGUCAGCAUCAUGAAGUCAAACAAGAUGGAGAAGCAGCCAAGUGAUGAUGAAUUAGGCUUAGAAGUAGAUGCCUGUAUUAGAACUUCUUAUUCCCUACAAGUUACCAUUUCUGUGAUGACUGUCAAGUUACUUAACUUUUUUGUCUCUUUUAGCUCUUCAUUUGUUCCUGAGCAAAUUGGAGAUGUUACCUUUUCUAUUUCGCAAAGUCACUGUGAGAGCAUAAUGAGACAUGAGC